AUGGUAUAUGUAAACAAGGCUCAUUGGAGCCCAUCAUUCAUAGAGGAGCUUCUCCCUGCUGCACAGAAGACGGCACUGCUGUAUCAGCUCUCUUACCUAUGCCUGGCCAACUUUCCAACCCUUGAAAGGAUCAUCAGGGCUCGGGCUGUGGAAACUCAGCUUCUGUUUGGCUCCUCUGAUGCAACCAUGCUUAAGUGCAUUUUGACCAGUGAAAACCUGGUUCAGUCGCUGUUUCCCAUGCUGGAGAAAGCUGUGGUAAAAAAUAAGCCGAUUUUGGCCGUCAAAUACCUAGCAAAAGCACGAGAAUGGAUCAAGGAUAUUAUCCAUGAUGUGGACAAGAUCGUGGAAAAGUAUGAUUUACACAACAAAGAUGUUGCAACGUCCACCAGCGAUGUUAUUAAGGAAAAAAUAGAUACAGAGAAAAAGAUGACAGAAAAAGACCAGGAGUUGAAGCAGACUGAACAAGCUCUGAAUCAGCUGAAAGCUGAACUCCAGAAAGCCAGCAAAGAGCUUGCUGAAGCUGAGCAAAAAAUAAAUGCAAAAAGUCAAGAGCUUCAAAAUUUUGCCAGAUCUGUAACCCAAACCAGUAAAGGCCUCGGCAUCUUCGCUGCACUCGUUCCAUUCGCCGGGCUGGUUGUUAAAAGCAUUUAUGAUGCUGUCAAAGAUCCUGAAAACGCUGCAAAAAUGAAGGGUCUUGAAGCUGAAUUAAACAACUUAAUCUCUGAUAAGACUGCUCUGAAACACAAGGAGUGGGAGCUCCAACUCCAGAUCAUUGACUGGCAGAUGAAGGUCUCCAGAGCCAGUUUUGAACGAAGUUCCAUACCCGACCCAAUCCAUCUAAGUGAGGUUCAGAGUAGCUUGUCCAAAAUUCAGGCAAUUCUCAUUCAGCUGAAAAACUUCUGGGAGAGUGUUGCUCAAAUGCUGGACUACCUGGAACAAAAGACCUUUGUUGGAGAAGAUCUUAUUGAUGACCUUUCCGAACUGAAAGAUGAAUUUCUGGACUCCAUCAAAGCAGCUGAAGGGGCUUGGUGCUCCUUUGGUGAAGGCUGUAACAAAGCAUCUGUCAUCUUUAAGCUCAACACCAGAGAUGCCUACAAGUUUCUGGAGGUCAGUCCUUCAUCUCUCUCCAAAGAGGAAUGGGAUAAAGAAUAUAACAGUGUAAAGAAACAACUGGAGAACUUAGGCCCACCAAAACCUGUGAAAAGCUGUGAAACACCUGCCAUUAAAAAUUGAUCUACACAGGUACAUUACAUUUAUCUUCUGUCUUGUGAUAGAGAUCAACUGGUAUGAUGAUGAUGUAUAUGCCUACUUGUAAAGUUUACAGGGUUCUGUAUUCAUUUCUAAUGUAUGCCUAAAACAUACAUUCUAAGGUCUUUAUAUAUCUUCUUUAUUCUUCAAAUAAAAUUUGAUUACAUCA